AUGGACCAUCGGAUUCCUCGUAUCCUGAGGAACCUCAGACUGUGCGGGACCGGGCCGGCCUUCCAACAGGAAAGAGCUUUUCCUGUACUGAGUGCGGGAAGGGUUUCCAGUGUAAAUCCAAUCUUAAUAGGCAUAAAAGAUCUCACACGAGGGAGAAGCCGUAUUCCUGUCCUGAGUGCGGGAAAUGUUUUUCAGUCAAGUCCAAUCUUUACACACAUCAAAGAUCUCACACAGGGGAGAAGCCACAUUCUUGCCCUGAGUGUGGGAAAUGUUUUUUGCAGAAGUCCGAUCUUUACACACAUCAGAGAACUCACACAGGGAGAGAAGCCGUAUUCCUGUCCUGAUUGUGGGAAAUGUUUUUCAAAGAAGUCCAGUCUUCACAGACAUCAGAGAUCUCACACGGGGGAGAAGCCGUAUUCCUGUUCUGUGUGCGGGAAAUGUUUUUUGCAGAAGUCUGAUCUUUCCACACAUGAGAGAUCUCACACAGAAUGUUUUUCACAGAAGUUUGAUCUUUACACACAUCAGAGAUGUCACACAGGGGAGAAGCCGUAUUCCUGCCCUGAGUGCGGGAAACGUUUUUCAGUGAAGUCCAAUCUUUUCAAACAUCAGAGAUCUCACACAGGGGAGAAGCCACUUUCCUGUCCUGAGUGUGGAAAAUGUUUUUCAAAUAUGUCCUGUCUUCACAGACAUGAGAGAUCACACACGACAUGUUUUUCACAGAAGUCCAAUCUUCACAGACAUCAGAGAUCUCACAUGGUGGAGAAGCCAUAUUCCUGCCCUGAGUGUGGGAAAUGUUUUUCAGAGAAGUCCUAUCUUUCCAGUCAUCAGAGAUCUCACACAGGGGAGAAGCCGUAUUCCUGUUCUGAGUGCGGAAAAUGUUUUUCAGAUAACUCUAAUCUUCACAAACAUAAGAGAUCUCACACGGGGGAGAAGCCUUAUUGCUGUCCUGAGUGUGGGAAAUGUUAUUCACUGAAGUCCCAUCUUUAUACACACCAGAGAUCCCACACAGGGGAGCAGACAUAUUCCUGUUCUGAGUGCGGGAAAUGUUUUGUAUACAAAUCAGAACUUGUUAUACAUCAGAGAUAUCACACGGGGGAGAAGCCAUAUUCUUGUCCUGAGUGCGGGAAAUGUUAUUCACAGAAGUCCCAUCUUUCCAGACAUCAGAGAUCUCACACGGGGGAGAUGCACUUUCCUGUCCUGAGUGAGGGAAAUGUUCCUCUCUGA